AUGGUACGGACAGGACAGGCGCAUUUGUGUUUCUGCGCGGGCCGUGCUCUGCAUGGCGGUUUGCUGCGGCCAGCAGGGCGCGUGGGAGGGGCGCAGCUGCGAUUUUAUGUUCCCCUUCCAGCAGGCAGCCGUCCGAUGCUCCGGAGCGGGGGAUUCCCAGGGAUGGUGAUGUCGCAAAGAGGCAUUUCUUUCAUUCCGAAGCUGGCUGUACGCAUGAUCAAAGUGCCAGCGUACAUUGGCGGCGGCGCGGCGGCAGUCGGGAGCUACAUCGCAUACAAGGUUGAGGAGGCCAGCAGCUUCACGUCGGACAAGCUCUCGCAGUUGCGCGACUUUAGCAGCGGAGUCAGAGACCGCUUGGGCGAGUGGCUGGACGCAGGUGGCAGUGAAAACGGAGAUGGUGGGCAGGGAGGCCGCGACGGUGGCCCGGUGGGCGACAGCGUGGCCGCAGCGACCCUGCUUGCGACGCUUUCGGAAGAGGAGCAGGCCGCUGCAGAGGACGAGGACGACGAAGAAGAAGAGGACGAAGAUCACACUGGCGAUGAAAUUUUGAACCUGACGAAACAGAUGAUAGAGAUUCGUUCGAUUCUGAAUCGCGUGGAUACCAAUACCCCCGGUGUCACCUUGCCCUCGAUUGUUGUUGUGGGAUCGCAAUCCAGUGGUAAAUCGUCCGUCCUGGAGUCUAUUGUUGGGCGGGACUUUCUGCCUAAGGGCUCCAACAUGGUGACUAGACGUCCAAUUGAGCUGACCCUGGUGAAUACUCCGAGUGGAAGUGAGACGACCGCCGAUUUCCCGACUCACCGGAUCUACAACUUGAAAGAUUUUAGAGAGGUGAAGCGAAUCCUGAUGGAACUGAACUUAGCGGUGCCUACACACGAAGCCAUUUCGGAGGAUCCGAUCCAGCUGACCAUCAAGUCUCCUCGUGUGCCAGACCUAUCGUUGGUUGACCUACCGGGUUACAUUCAGGUCGAGGCGGCGGACCAGCCUAUGGAGUUGAAGUCCAAGAUUCGUAAUGUGUGCCAGAAGUACUUGGCAGAGCCGAACAUCAUACUUGCGAUUUCUGCUGCUGAUGUGGACCUUGCGAACAGUGCUGCGCUCAGGGCCAGUAAACUGGCCGAUCCCCAGGGAUUGAGGACCAUUGGCGUUAUCACAAAGCUUGACCUUGUGGAACCAUCAGCAGCCCGUGAUCUUUUAAUGAACAAAAAAUACCCCUUGAAGAUGGGUUACGUCGGCGUGAUCACCAAGGGACCGGUAAAGACUCAUAGACUAUUCGACCAGUCCGCUGGGAAAGGUGUAAUUUUUGGAGGAAAGGGUUCGAAGGCGAAGGAUCAAGAGACUGAAAGGCUCGAGACCAUUCAGUUUGAGAAAAACUACUUCAGGGAGCACAGACAAGAGUUUGCAUCCUGCCAAGUUACGACUAAGAAGUUAAGAGAGAAGUUGAUCAAGAUCUUGGAAGUCUCGAUGAGCAAUGCGCUGGAGCCUACAUCGCGCGUAAUACAGCAGGAGCUCGAUGACACCUCUUACCUAUUCAAGGUGGAAUUUAACGACAGACAGCUUACUCCCAAGUCGUACUUGCUAAGCAACGUGGAUGUUCUGAAGUUGGCAAUAAAGGAGUUCCAGGAGAAGUUCCGCAGGUCAGAAUUGAAGUCGAUGCUCAGUGCAGAUUUGGAUCAACGCGUGCUCGAUUUGCUAGCCUCGCGGUACUGGAAGGACGAUAAUCUCCAGGAGCUCUCCAAGAACCUCGACGACGAAUCGUCGGCGUUAUAUUGGCAUAAAAAACUCGAGUUGGCUUCUUCUAGCCUAACCAAAUUGGGAAUUGGUCGGCUCUCAACUACCCUAGUUACUAACGCAAUUCUGAAGGAGCUGGAAAACGUCCUUGCAAUGACCCCCCUGAAAGCCCACGAACUAAUAAAAGAACUGAUCACGAACACUGCGGUGAACGUGCUGAAUGCUAAGUACUACUCUACUGCCGACCAGGUGGAAAACUGCAUCAAGCCGUUCAAGUAUGAAAUUGACCUGGAGGACCGCGAUUGGUCCAUCGCGCGCGACCACUCCGUCGCCCUCGUCCAGGAAGAGCUCAGACAGUGUAACGAACGUUACCAGAUGAUAAAGAACUCUGUGGGGACACGCAAACUGCAGCAAGUGAUGCAGUACAUAAAGACAGACCCGACGCGCAAGGAGUCUCUGGGAUUCUCCACCAUGCUGCUUGAACGUGGCUCGGAGGCCCUCUCGCUCCAGGACAGAGCGUCGCUCCUCUCCUUCAGACUUAAAAUGCUCAAGAACAAAUGCAACUCUACUGCCGAGAAGGACAAGUGCCCGGAGGUCUUCCUGAACGCUGUCAGCGACAAGCUCACCUCGACGGCUGUUCUGUUCCUCAACGUGGAGCUUCUCAGCGACUUCUUCUACAACUUCCCCAUCGAGCUCGAUAAGAAGCUUUCCGCCCUCAGCGAGGAGCAGGUCGAGAUGUUCGCCAAGGAAGACCCGCGCAUCUCGAGGCACAUCGAGCUGCAGAAGCGGAAGGAGCUGCUGGAGCUCGCCCUCGAGAAGAUCGACUCCAUCCUUGUAUUUAGAAAGAGCUACAAAAACCUGGCCGGCAAGAGCCACCCUUAG